AUGAUCAAAGUCUUCUCUUCCAUUCGUUCAACGUAUCGCGCUGUCAGUGUGGCGAUUGAUGGCGAAAACAUUUCCAAUGACAUGCGACGCAGUCUUGAGCUUGUACGCACGUGUAACCAAGACUUACAGGAGCUCAUUAGGCUCCGCAACGAUCAUCUUCGUUUGCUUGAGAAACAACCACAGAUACUUGAGCGUCUCAACUCCAUCAUCGAAAAAGUACACAAUGGACUACUCGACGCUUCUCGUAUUGUGGAAAAAUAUCGACCAGAGCUUCAUUCUGGUAAAAAGACACUUCAAUCUCAGAUAGCAUGGGCGCAUCGAGACUCUCAAGAAUUUCAGGCCAUGGGACCUACCAUGAGCCAGCACAAUGCAACAAUUCUAGCAGAGAUUAGCUUCCUCAGAAGUCUAACCAUCAUCACCACACAAACCAAGGCAGAGGAAGCCAAGGAGAUUGAGAUUCUUGGCUCAGAUGACAAGACACUAUUUAAUAACCUGGAGCUUCUAGAAGACUUUAUGGGCGAUGUAUCAGGUUCUCGAGAUUUACCUCCUGCAUCACCAGCAGCACCGCCACCGCUGCCUGCUGUUCAAGUCAAUGCAAGGGCAAGCAUGCCCAAUCUUCUGAUCAAUCAGGAAUAUUGUGACCUACCGGAGCCUGUUAUUCCAAACAUCAUUCCUCAUCAGCAACCAAUCACCAGUCUAUUAGCAUCUGAACAAGCAUCAACUCUCCGGACGCUAAGUGGGCAGACACUCGAAGAUGGCAACCAGCGCAACAGCCGGGUUGUCUUGAAUCAGGCCGAUCACUCCGGAUUAUCUCUCUUAUUUGGCGAUGAGUUGGAUCUAAGCUUUGACUUAUCGACUAAGAUUCACCCUCAACACACUCGAGCACAGUCAAGCGACUCGAUGCAUAAGUCCUCCAUACCAUCAUUUUCACCAUCCUCGACAAACGGAGGGACUGUUGAUUCCACUCCGUUGACAAGAUACUCUCUUACCUCUCAGCCAUCUACUUUGUCUGUAAGCUCUAUCGGGACAUUCAAUCCGCAGAGCCCGGAGCCUUCUACGAGUCGGUCGCAUUUAUUUUCACUCCCACCAACACCACCCACCAAUACAACAUCACAGUUGGCUUCAUUAUCCGCAACAGCCUCAUCAUCAGAAACUCAACAAGACGCCCGGUCAAGGCCGCGAACAUUGUCAUUUGCAGAACGCUAUGCGAAUUUGGCCGAAGACUCAGGCCAGGAAGGUCGGCGGUACCGUCCAUGGCGACCUUACAAAAAUGGGGAUAUCUAUGAGCUACAGGGAUCGGAAAUAUCUCCAGAGGAGCAUCCAUUUGCUCAAUCCACCACUUCACUAUCACAUAGAUCAACUACUUAG